CCAGUCCGGUUUUUGCUAGCUAACUGAACUGUUAUCCCAUGUAAUACUACUUAUACCACCGGAGGAGCGUCGCGCCGAUUCGAGGGCCCAAUGGCUCAUCCUUUGGAUUCCGCGUGAGCCUCGCAAGUGCUUCGUUGAGCUGUCGGUCAUUGAUAUAAACUCGUCUUUACAAUGGAUACAAUAAUAAGGCCUGUCAAAGCGAUAACGUGCGCUCGUGGGACAGCUACGCGAGCGUAUCGCGCGAUCGUUGGUGUUUCAAGCGUCUAAUCUGCACUGAAGAUUUUUAUUUCUUUUCGUCCGACCAGUGAGUUUGGUAGUUUUAUUUCAUUGUGACUCGAGAGUAGUGCGAUCAUUCAAGUUUUCCGGUUGUUUGUUCUUUUUCUUCCCUGUUAAUUGCUUUAGACGUGUACUUACCGAUUUCGUAAUUAUAUGUAUACCGAUCGCCCAUUCUUCGAUCUUCGCUUCUAUUUUAUUUUUCAUUUUUCCUGCAGUACGGUAAUAACAGAUUUUUCAGUACUUUUUGGAUAACUCUUUGAAGAAAUAGCGGUCCUUUGCCACCUGCCAGAAUUUCUUUUUUUCUUUCAUUUAAACAACAUUCGAUAGUUUCCAAAGUUAUGCCUGAAAAAACCUUUCAUCGUGAAACAUAAAAAAAAACAUAUAUAUGUAUACAUAAGCGCAUAUUCUUGUGCCACAAGCAUUAAAAAUAAAACACGACACACUGGACGAACUGGUUGAUUUGCACACGCUUUGAUAUUCAAAUUAUAUACCUGCCCGCGCGUGCCAUUACAACAACGCGCUCUGUUGUCUAUUUUUUUUCUUUUUUUUUUUUCAAGCCCAUGCUUGAGAGAUGGUUAUCAAUCACGUCAAUUACUACGACAAUAACGAGUUUACCAAGAUUGGAUUUUGUCAUUAGAUAGCGUUUAUACAUGCUUUGAUAACAUUCCGAAGGUACCAGACUCGUGAAACGUUUAGUUCUAUUCUUUUAUCAUCGAUGCGUCAUCGCGUCGAUCGUAUGCUUAGACAUUUUUUUUUUCUUUUUCGAACGGACCACAGUUUGGACGGUAAUUUUAUUAUCAUAGCAUCUGAUUUGCGGAAGUACAAGUUUAUUUAUUAUUACCAUUGUCAAUACAAACAAAAUAAAUAAGAAAAGAAAAAAGUAAAAACAUGAAAGAAGGUGAAGAAAAAAGUGGGGAGGAAACGGAGAAAUGCGCGGCAAUGGAAGAGUGCACGACGGAAGCGGACGAUUGCACGGCGGAGACUCCGCUAAGGCAGCAGGAUAAUGUCGAGAAUAAGGAUGGUAUUGAAAUAAACAAGAUCCCCACGACACCGCUUGCGGAUGGGCCUCGUCAAUUCGACGUGCAGUUUAGUAAUGUGUACUUUUCUGUGCCGUUGAAAAAAGGCCUGUGGAAGGAGAUUUUGCACAACGUCAGCGGCGAAUUCCGCGCCGGCCGGCUCACCGCGAUCCUCGGACCCUCGGGCUCCGGCAAGACAACGCUACUGAGCCUCAUAGCCUGUCGACGCAACAACUGCAAAAUCAACAACCCGAACGCCAACGACCGACCCGAGACGACGACAACGCGCAUGAGCGCCUGCUACGUCCCCCAGGAGUUCGAGCUCAUGCCCUUCCUCACGACUCGCGAGACCAUCUACAUCGCUUCCAGGCUCAAGUUGUCGCCCAAGGACCACGACGACGCCUCUAGAAACGCAAUAAUCCAAGACGUGGCGGAGAAGCUGAGCUUGCUGGGCUCCAUGAACACACUCGCGUGUAACCUGAGCGGCGGGGAGAAGAAGAGGCUGUCGAUAGCCGUGGAGAUGAUUACGAGCCCGUCGUUGUUGCUCCUCGACGAGCCGACCAGUGGCCUCGACAGCGCAUCCAGUAAUCAAGUGAUUAGUUUGCUGAGCUUCAUGGCCCGUCAAGGUUGUACGGUCGCUUGCGUGGUGCACCAGCCGAGCAGUCGGAUGACCCAGUCGUUCGACGACCUGAUGAUCAUGAACCAAGGCCGGUGCGCUUACUGCGGCCCCCGCGACAAAGUCCUCGAUCACUUUCGAGCCUCUGGCUAUGUCUGCCCGGAUUUUUACAAUCUCUCGGAAUUUCUGCUGGAGGUGGUGACGGGCCAAAGGGGUGGCGAUUACGAGUUGACCAGCGGCGGCAAAACCUCCGCGGACCGGACAGAAUCCACCGCUGCCGAUGACGACAAGCUGUCGCAGGUUAGCUCGGUCCGGAGCUGGGGCGAAGAAAUCUUCAUGCCCGAGAGACACUACGCGGUAUCCUCCUGGGAACAGCACAAGGUCCUGCUGAGGCGAGCUUUCAUCUGCAUUUCUCGAGACAACACCCUGACGAAAAUGAGACUAUCCGCGCACCUCAUAGUGGCCGUGCUCCUGGGACUGGUGUUCUACGAUUUCGGCGAGGACGCCAGUAAGGUCCAGAGCAACGUCGCCGCUCUCUUCUUUUUUGCCCUGUUCUUGUUCUUCGCCAAUGCCAUGCCCGCCGUACAAACGUUUCCGUCCGAAACGAGGGUCUUCCUCCGAGAGAACGCCAACAACUGGUACUCGCUGGAAUCUUACUACGUCACCAAGGUCCUCUCCGAUCUUCCACUCCAGAUCGUGUGCCCGACUGGUUUCUUACUGGUAGCCUACUACUUGACCGGCCAGCCUCUCGAGGCCGCGAGAUUCUUCCAGGUUUGGAUGAUCUGCAUCCUCACGACCAUACUCGCCCAAUCUUUCGGCAUCGCGACUGGAGCGGCGUUCAGUACCCACGCUGGCACGUUUUUGGUUCCGGCAUUCAACAUUCCGAUGUUCCUCUUUGCCGGUUUCUUCCUCAAACUCGGCGAGAUUCCGUUCUACCUGCAAUUCUUCAGCGAUGUUAGUUACUUCCGCUACGCCUUCGAGGGUUUGCUGCAGGCGGUUUACCUGGGCCGGCCGAAAAUACCGUGCUACGCGGACUUUUGUUACUUGAGGACUCCCGAUCGGAUCCUCGGGGAGCUCGGCAUGCCCUCGAUGCCCCUUCACGCCACCUUGAUCGCCCUCGUCGUCUGGAUCGUCGGCUUGCACUCGCUCGUCUACGGCGUGCUGCGCUACAAGCUUCGCGCCAAAGUUGUCAGAUGACCGCCCGUCACUUGUGUCCAUAUACUUAUGUAUCACGUAUACACGGGCCGAUGUCUUCAAUCGAUGCUGUCAGUGGAGCUUUUGCUGAUGCUCACGACGGUUAUAUUUUUAUUCUUUUUCGUCCACGUAUUUUUUCUUUAUUUCUUUUUUUUUUUUUUUUCUUUUUUUUUUUUCGUUUGCAUUGUUAAUGAUUAAGAGCUUGAUUAUCCUGCACGCAGGGGAGACUGGCGCGUGUUGAUUUAUUACUCGACAAUUGACAAUUCAAUAUAAAGUUGUAAUCACGUCUUUGAACUCGUCACAUAUGAAAAGGCGAGUGUAUUUGUCAAACGAAAAAUUGCGAUAACUAUGUGAAAAUUGACCGAAUCAUUUCAAAAACGAAUCGUAUUUGGAACAGUUUAAAUGGAAGAUGUAAUUCGCCAACUCGAUCCAGUCUCCUGUACAAUAUGACAAAUAAAAGAGUACCUGAUCUGUAAUUUUAUAUGUACGGAAAUUAGAGAGCAAGUCUCAAAUAUUAUUUUUUUAAUUGUAGUGUGAGACAGUUUAAAAAAAAAAAAUAAUAAAAAUGAGUA